AACUGCGAUUUUGUGUUUCUCGAAUGUUUUGUAAUAUCGUCGGCGUACAGCGCGGGUCGCGAAGUAGAAAUUCUCGAAAUAAAUUUGGGAUCUUGAACGAUGAAAAUUGCACAUACGAUGUGUGCAAUAAAUCGUACUGAUAUAAAAUAAUUUCGAGAUCUAAUGGUUUCAUCCAUAGAUGCUUAUACGUUGUCGGGGAUUAGAAUUAAGGAUUGUGUAGAUCGUAUUUGCAUGUGCAAAAUGACGGAAAGUGGCGUGCCCAGAAUGAAGCGCAAUGGUGCGCGACUUUUUAAAAAUCCCCCACAGCCACAUAUGUGUAUACAAGAUUUUAUACAGGGCACUACUGCACCAUGUUAUGUAAACGUACUGUCUUGGGAUAAAAUUGCGAUGCCUCGUAAACCUUCACUGCCCGUGCCACUUUACGGAGGUAUGAGAGUGCCACCACCUCGCACAAAAACAGAAGCCAUUGUAUUUGCUGUAAUGGCCAAUCCAGAAGUCCUACGAAUGAGUGGCAAGAACGCUCAAGAUCCAAAGAGGCGUAUGAUCUUUAUCGAGUUACUACUAGACUUCGUAGAAGCAAUGAACGCAGGAAUUUUCUUCAAUCGUCAUUAUACAAUUCUAAAAGAUCGAGAUAUCACAGGCGAGCUGAAGGAAGUUUGGAACGCCGUGUUAGCCAUUCGUGAUAGCGAACAACGUCCGCCCCAGCAGGAAACCUGGAUCGAUGCUCAACCUUCUAUGUCGCAGUAUCCUCAGUAUUCGGAACAGCAGCAGCAGCAGCAACAGCAGCAAGAAUACACUCCACAACCGCCGCAGUAUCACUCGAGCAUUGCAUAUGGCAGGCCUAUUAGUAAUGAAAAUAUGCACUAUGACAGUUAUAGUCAUCAGCCUCAAAAUCCGAUAAUUACCAAGAACGAGCCGAUCUUCGUAUCCGGUUCUAUUAUGUCGCCAAAAAGAAUACAAGUACUCUCACUUGAUCCUUACAAUUACCGGGAACAUGGCAGAGAAGAACAAAUAGUGCAAAAUAUUAUUACGGCGCAGCACCAGUUUCAACCUAGACAAGCGUGGCCCCAGUAUGUGAAUACUAAAUAUAUGCAUCCGAAUUCGAAUCUGCCAUAUGGGUCGGCCGCAAAUACUCCUCCGGUGAUUAAUUCUCCAAACCCGAUCAAAUCUUUUCAACCAUAUGCUGCUUAUCAACAACAACAUCAGCCACAUAUGGAUAACGCAAUGCACGUUGAUAUUCGCAGAAUGCAACAGCACCCACAGCAACCACAAAUGCAUGUAAAUACUGUACAACCACAACACGAGCAACCUGGGACCUUCAAUGUACAAAAUAAUGCACACAGAACGGGUAGACCGCAUAUGGGAGUGGUUCAGAAGAAUAAUGCUACAAAGAGACAGAAUUCACCUAUGCACACUUCUUGUACAAGUUGCCAAACGAAAGAAGAUCAAUCCUUUACAAAGCCGAAAAGUCCCGUUAAAGUUCUUCAAAGAGAAACACUGACAGAGCGGCAGGAUAUAACUAAUCAUACGGAGAACAAUAAAGUUUCAGUAGAAAAAACAGAGGAACCGAAGACUGCUUUAGUGAUUUUUGACAGAAUUUCAAUGACAGAUCUAAAUGAGGAUCUUAAAAAGGAUGAUGAAGUCGUGGUUGCGGAUACAUCGACAAAGAAAGAAGACAUCGAUAAUCAGGAAAGAGUGUGUACCAUUGAUGAUCCGCCGUUAUGCGAGGAGAAGAAUUCUGUAAAAUUAGAUAAGCCUACAGAAACGAAGGAGACGGAAGCAAUGCAACAAUCAACUGUUCAGAAGAAUCCUAACAAGUCCAGAAGUAAUGCUCGAACGCGAAAAAUGAUGAGAGAUAAGCAUAAUUCUCUUGUGUCGGAGAGUCCGAAGCGCUCGCAACCAACGAUGAACAGCAUUAUUAAGAGUGUGUUUAAGAUUAACCCGAGCGGAUCUGGUGAAGAGACGUUCAACAAAAGAAAAGCAAAUGGCCAAACGAAAACGGCUAAUGGUAAAGCGACGUGCGAAAACGAGGAACAGGGACAAGGAUACACGAUAUUAAAGAAGGAGGCUCAGCAAGAAAUAGUGAGUGAAAUUGCUCAGAUAUCCAUUCAAGACUGCAAAGACACGACCGAUGUCGGUCCCGUGCUCUCGUGAUAGCCUGGCUGGUACGCAGUUAUGCUGUCGCGCGAUCGAGAGCUUUGAUGUAAAUAGAUAGAACAUUAUUCGAUGAGAAGUCACGAAAAAACGAAAGAUACUGAAGGGUAAAGGAGAGAGAAGGAGACACGCUUUUGACGAUUGAAAAACUUACAGAAGAGAUAUUUCGAGUCUUUUCACUCGAUGGAAUCUACGCGUCUUCCUUGGAAAAACUUUGACGAUCGAAUAUCAUCGCGCAAAUAGCUAACAUUAUGGACAUAUUCAUAGUGUGUGUAAUUCUACAAAUGCGGCGAAUCAUUGUCAAAGUGCCGUUGAAUUUUUCGAUAAUCGAUAUCUGAAAACACUGUCUAUAGAAGACACUUCGAUAGUCGAUAUUUUAAUUCUUGGUGAUCCACAACUUUUCGAAGAUUGCAGAACUUACUUUGAAGUUUUUUAUUUUUAAAGAAUUUAUGUUUCUUGAAAGAUUUGAAUAAACUCAAGAACUCAAAAUAAACAAGAUAGCAAAGUGGAUCAUUAAGAAUUAAUCAGCAGGCUGUGAGAACUGUUGCGAAUGUAUAUUAUAAUGUAUAUUAUACUGGAGUAACAGUGCUAGAAUAAAAUCAACAUGUCUAUUUAUCAGCUAUCAUCGACUAUGGAAAUGUCAAGAAAGCCAUUUGUUUGGGUACAAUUUGAACUUUAAUGUACAGUUUAAUUAAUUAUUUUUUACAUGUAGCCAUAUUUAAAACAUAGAUUUUCUUUUAUUUUGUUUUUAAUAGCAGUUCAAUAUAAUUCGAUUAUAAUUUUUAUAUCUUUGUAGUUAUUACUACGAAGAUAUUGCAAGGUUCCAAAAUGUCACAAGACAUUUGCUAUGGUGGAAUUUAUUAGAUUUUUGUUUAAUUAAAUUAAAUUAGCCAAUGAAAUGACAAAUUCAAUUUUCUUUCUAUUUUAGAUUUUAUAGAAAAAUAAGUGUUGUCUCUUACAUAAAGUGAUGAUACAUAAUUUGUUAAAUGUUUAAGUUUUGAUUUAAAACAGAUAUAUAUAGAAUGAAUGAAAAUGAAUGUAUGUAUGCAUGUGUGGUGUAUGUGCGUGUAUAACACUCUGAGCAGAACUAAAUAAUUUGUUUGGUAUUAUUAUUGUACCCUGUAUCCACUACGGCGAUGAAUGCGAUCACUUGAGAGCACGAGCUCACAUUUGCUAAUUGAAAUCCGUCUAUCUAAUAAUCAAUCUGCUUCCAAUAUUUCGCCGCAAAAGAGAGCCAGAAAAACAAAGAGAGUGAUAUUAAAAUACUUUUAAGUGUACGAGAUAAUCUGGGACGCGUCCUAGUGUCGUCCCUGCGCACGAAAACGAAUUGAGAUUCACUUUGGAUAAGACUAAGCGCCAAAGCUGGGUAAAACAAGCGCGGUAGUCGAGUGAAGAGAUACAUUUAUGUGUUAUUUAGGAGACAACGGUGUCCAAGUAUUAUGCAACGUGAAGUUUAUUGUCGAGAAUAAUGCUUCAGUGAAACAUUCGACGUAAUCACGGAUGUAUGCAAAAUCAAUUUUAUGAUAUUAAGAAUCUUUGCUAAGUAAUGAAUCAUGUGAUAGUUCAUUGAACCGCUAAUAGCUAUUCGGAGCUAUUCGCUCUGUGAUUGAAAUAUGUGAACCAAUGUUUUACCCAGCUUCGUUAAGUAUACAGCGACAUUGUCGACAGUCUACCACUAGAAAGAGAUGGUAGGUUUAAGCCGCAGUAAUUAUUACAAAACGAGUAUUGUUUUAGAUUAACGAGAAAAGAAGCAUUUUAUUAUAGAAUGUACAAUCUGAUCAUCUCUCGUACUUAUCUUUCUACAAAACAAUCGGAGAAGUCCCUAUCGAAAUUCGCAUAACUUCUUUAGGAACGUACAGUCAGCGUUCUUUAAUCUUAUCCUAUUUAUCUUGGCUGUCAAGAACAAUAUCAAAUCUUCUAAUAAAGAUCUGUUAUUUAUAUAUUACUUUAUAUUUAUACAUAUGGAAUUUAAUUCGAACAAUUGACAUUUUAAUAUUACAUUUUUAUUGAAUUAAACAAUUCAAAAAGAAUCGGACAGUGACUCGCUGAUCACGUUCGUACAAAAAACUUUUAUCUAAAAUUUUCAAUUGUAAAUUGCAUUUCAGUUUCUUUAAUGUCAUUCAUCUUUUAGUUUAAAUAAUCACCUUUCUAAGCGUCAAAUACUCUAAAGUCAUUUACGCGAUUUGUAGAAGACAGAAAAUCUGCAAUCACAAACUCGUAUAAUCUCUAAUAGUUGAAAGAAUGUACAGGGAUAUCGUAAAAUAAUUGAUCUGAGGAAAUAUGCUUCUCAAUUGGAUAUUCUACCUGUUUUAUCAGCCUAAGAAGAGAGAUAUGCGUCACAUACAACCUGAUCGAGACUAAUCGGACAAUUAUUGCGCUUAUAUAGACAUAAUCAUCCAAUUAGCUCUCGAUUAGAUACGACUGCGUCGUGUACAUUAUUUUCCUAUUUAAUGCGUUAAGCGACGUCUAAAUGAAUCGUACAUUAGCGAUCUUGUCUCCGAAAGAUGAACAAAAACUGAACAGUUUUAGUGAAACGUAAUGUUUAAAGCGUUAAGUAGCCAUCUAUGCUAACAGUCAGUCUUCUGCAGGCAUAAAAAUAGUAUUUGGCCUCCAUUGUAGACGAUGUACUGUCGUUAUACUCUAACAGUUUUAACACAAUUGCCGCCACAAUAAAAGUGGUGGAUAAAACUGCCAUUUUUAAAUUGAAAUAGUUGGAAAGAGUCGAUUUUUAAUCGCGCAAUUAGUGCUACGCACGAAUCAUGUGUAAUAAUCAAUUCGUAAAUCUAAUUAUUAAUCGAUGAAGUCGACUUAAUUUUUUUUCCAGCUCCAUCCAGAACUUUACAACUCAGGAUGAACCUUUUUUUACGAUCCGUUUCAUUUCCGAUUAGUUUUAUGAUAAGAGCAAAUGAUAUUUGUAUUUAAUGAGAUUUUUGACCAAUCAAUCGUUCUUACGCGUUCCCCUGAAGUCGGCUUCAUUAAAAAUAUAUUUUUAUACUUUAUAGUUUAUAGUGUGAAUUUUCAACCGAGAAUAUAAACGUUUAGGAAUUGUGAGAUUAUUCUUAAAAGCACACACACAUUAUUUUUUUACAAACAUAAAAUAUGAAAUUCUACUAUGCAGUGUAGAAUUAAAUUACUACUUAUUCUUAAUUACGCUGUGAAUUUUUCACUUUUUGUUAUUAUAAAUGUUAUCUAAUUUGUGAAUUUAUUUUUAUUUGCAUAUCUUUAAUUUCUAAUAUAAUUUAAAUACAGAUUAAACAAUUAUUAUUUUGGUAACUUUUAUUCUAAAGAAAAAAGCGCGAUUUUAUUGGUUUUCAUUAUAAAAAACUUUUUUAAAAACUAGUUCUAAUUUAUUUAAAAAAAAAUUGUAAAAGUAUUAUUAUAUUUUUAGAAUAAUACUUUAAAUGUGUCAUCUACGAGUUAACAAGUUAAUGGCAUUUGAAAACGGCAUUUUUAUAGGAAAAAAAUUCUCUUCGCGAUUUUAUCAUUCUCUGAAUACAUAUUCUAGGUGUAUUACUAGCUAAUAGUUUUAAGAUAUCUGAUUCGGACUACUACAGGGAGACUCUUUGCAACUAUUUAAAUUUGCGAACCGCACUUUUAUCAUGAUCCUUGUGUCGCAUGUUUCGAUAUUUUAAAAUUUAUUUGUCAACUGUUUGAAUCAGAAAAUCGCCUACUCUCCAAUUUUAUUUUCAAAUAUUAGUCAUGUUUGUUCAGCGGGUUCUCGAGGUGCUUCAUAACGUUAAAGAUCUCAGUUCGCGAUUACUUGUUUAUAUACAGUAGCACGGAAAAGAUCAUAAUCCGCAGAGAGACAUGAAAUUAUACAAAAGCAAAGAGAGAAGAUGAAACAUGUCGCAUAAAAUGUGAUGCGAAAAUACCUCGAUUACUGGAAAAUUGCGAUUUUACAAUCGGCUGAAUUCUCCUAGAAACGGUGUGAGAAUAAGGCUGUGUAAUUAUUAUAUUGCGACCUGAGUCCUUUCUAUACAUGAUAUAAGAAUUCUUUUAUUUAGUGCACACUAAGCGUUCCUUUAUACAUCGAUUUGAUCAAGCAAUGGCAAGCGAAUCGAAUGUCUUAUAUCGCGCGCAAUUUUUACACAAUUGAAUAUGAAACUCUAAAUGGAAUAAUCAUAUAGACUUUCGAGAAAUCAGAGAUUGAAUGAUGAUAUAUCCUCAUGAAUUUAUGAGAUGUGAUACAUUUUUGAUCGCAUCUUCUUUUCUCUCUCCAAGUAUGUGAAUGGAUUUCAUUAAAAUUCAAAACAUUCGUUAUACUCUCGCGAAAAGCAAAGUUUUGUUAAUGAAGAACAAAUGUUUUAAACAAAAGAAUGAGAUUUAUUCUCAUAUGCAAUUAUUAAAAUGAUCUCUAACUAUAUAUAAUUUUGAUUUUGUUAUAUUUAUCGAUAAAAAUAAAUAUCAAAUUUUACAGAUUGUUUUUCUUUUUUCAAUUUUUUUUUUUUAUCGAAUAUACGAUGGCGCUUAGUGUGUUGGCAGACGUUUAUUUAUAAGUUUAUUGAGAUAAAUUAAAUUUGCGUAUCUUUUGCAAUGCAGAUCUUUAAUAACAAUACUGAAACAGCGUGAUUUUAAGUACUUCUUUUAAAUCUUCAGAGAGAGAGAGAGAGAGAGAGAAAGAGAAAGAGAAAAAGCAGCGCAUUCAAAUGCGGCCACGAAUUUUGUCAGUUUUAUGACUUUAUUACGGCAUUUUUCUUUUAAUUAAUUACAAUUCUAUAGCAGCUUGAUCCGUUUCUCGGCCAAAACUUCCUCGAUUUCCUCACCGCGCCUCAUCUGAUUAUUGUUAAUAAUAUGUAUUCAGUAUUCGUGUUAUUUUGGAUUCUUAUUAUAUUAUUGUCAGGUAUAUAUAAAUAUAUUAUGGUUUAUUUUAUCACUAUUCCCACGAACAAUGUACUCUAUGAUUCUAUAAUACAUGGUUUUUCUAAAGUUUA